AUGCGUAGAUUACUCCUGUCCAUGCAAAGGCUGCAGCUCUUGCUCAUCUGCAAGGGCUACAAAACUACUUCAACGACAGCUCUGCAGGUUCUGGCAGGAAUUCCUCCGCUAGACCUGCAAGCGGAAAGGGAGUCGUUAAUUGCAAGAGUGUUAAGGCUAGGCCACUAUGUGACCCCAAAAGAUAAUCACACAGCUAUAUUUACAGAUGGCUCAAAACCCGAUACGGGUACUGGCAGUGCCUUCUGCGUUUUAAAAGGUGAUACAGUUAUGUAUAAAUGGAAAAGAAGACUUGGCAUUAGAUUAUUAGUAUUCCAAACUGAGCUGGCAGCACUGAAAGCAGCCAUUAAUUAUGUGAAGAUGAGCAGACUUACCCAAAUUACUAUUUACAGUGGUUCUGCCUCUAACCUUGACGCAAUCAAAGGUUACAAAAGCAGAAGCCAGUAUGUCCAAGAACUUAGGAAAAUCCUCCUCAGUCUUCUGCCAUCAGAAAGGCCAUGCCUCACGUGGGUUCCGGCUCACGUGGGCAUAAAAGCCAAUGAGGAAGAGAACACCCUGGCAAAAGAAGCGGCAAAGGAGGUCUCAAGAACAGAACUGCCAGAUUAA